AUGGGUCAAGGCAUGGAUCCUCAAGGUUUUGCUGGUCCGAAGAUUGUCAAGCCUCUAACUACGGAGGCGCUUGCCGCGUAUAAAGCAGCACAAGACCGUGCAGGAGUCAUUUACAUUUCUCGAAUACCCCCAGGCAUGCGACCAUCGAAAGUCAGGCAUCUCAUGAGCUCACACGGGGAAGUUGGUAGAGUUUACUUGCAGCAAGAAGAUGCAAAACGAGCGUAUCUCAGACGCAAAUACACCUCUACCAAGAAACCCCAUUUUACGGAAGGCUGGGUAGAAUUCAUAGACAAAAAGGUCGCGCGGAGUGUAGCAGAGAUGCUGAAUGCUCAGCCAAUCGGUGGUAAAAAAGGAACUCGGUGGAGAGAUGAUGUCUGGACUAUGAAAUAUCUGCCCAAGUUCAAAUGGAGCAUGCUCACUGAACAAGUCGCGCACGAGGCCGCAAUUCACACAGCUAAAUUGCGUGUUGAGCUAUCGCAAUCGAGGUCCGAACAGCGAGACUAUAUGCGGAAUGUAGAAUUAGCUCGGGUGCUCGAGAAACGCUCCCAGCGAAAGAAGGAACAGGGUGAGGAGAUGGUACUCAAACCACUAUCUCGCACAAACAAGCGAUCGUCUGAAGUCGAGGGAGAUGUUGCAAGAAAGCGUCAUCGAGACAACGAGGAUGGAUUAGACACAGUUCUUGGUAGCAUAUUCUGA